CUCCAGUGAGCCGCGAACCGCGAGCCGCCAGAGAUGGAGGAGGCUGCGACACGUCUCUCCGCGAUCUUGGCGCGGGCCGAGUCGCUGACCGUGGACCCUAGGGACUUGCCCGCCUCUCACAAGCUGCUGAGUCGGAUGCCCGCGUCACCACGUCGCGGACAAGGCUCUCUCCUCUAUUUUCUAGCCGGGGUAGUGACAGUCACUGUGGCAGUGGCCUACGGCCUCCAGCUGUACACCCACGCUGGACUGGCACGCGCCCUCCUUAAGUGGCGGGGCUACGACAUCUACAGAGAACGAUGUGCAGUGACCCUUCCAGACAAACUGGUUAACUGGGUGCGGCCGGCAGAGGACUGUACUAUGUGUGUAGGGAUCACCCAAGUAGACAAAGUUUCUGGUAUAUUGCCAGAGGAGUUUGAGACCAAGUACGCGUACUCCGGGAAGCCAGUUGUCGUGGUAGAUGGCACUCUCUCCUGGCCAGGCCGCCACAUCUUGACCUUCCAGUUUUUCAAGGAUCUAUACAAUGGCAGUCUAGAACAAGUUGCCUGUCAGUUCUUUCCAUAUGAGACAGAAUUCCGCAGUCUGCGUGAAGUCUUCCGGAUGAGUGACGACCGAGCUCAGAUGCGUGAUGGCACCAAGCCGUGGUACAUUGGAUGGAGUAACUGUGACAACCACGUAGCUAGAGUACUAAAAGAACAGUACUCAAGGCCAUACUUCCUUCCAGAGACAUCAGAAAACAAGAAAACUGACUGGAUAUUCAUGGGGAGCCCAGGAUACGGUGCAAAAAUGCAUGUAGAUAGUGUAAGUCACCCCUCUUGGCAGGCCCAGCUGAGAGGCAGAAAGAAGUGGACUCUCCAGCCCCCUCCUGAGUGCAUCUACCAAUGCAACACCUUGGAAAUCAUUGUCAAUCCUGGUGAAAUUAUUGUGUUGGACACAAACCGUUGGUACCACCAGACUGUGAUACUACAGGGAGAAAUGAGUCUUACCGUUGGGGCAGAGUAUGAUUGAUUCUCUUCUUUCCACCACGAAUAAACAUAAAUCGUUUGAAUUCAAUAAAAGAGAAAUGCAGUGAUUUAUGCUACAUAA